ACCUUAGACCAGUUUUGGCCAUCUUGAAGAUUGCAGGCAGUACUGGUCCUGGUCCUUUGUGGGAGCAUCUUAUUGUGGUUUUGUUGGGCUCUCAAGUAUUGAUGCCAGGAGAGAGUAUGCGUGGAAUUGGUGUUCCAUGUGAUGCUCCUGACCGGUUUCAGUGUCGAUGCAUUUGGCACAUUGACCAUAUCUCUUGUGAUCUUGUUCCAUAUUUUGGCUAUACCAUGCAUCUUCCUAGUUGUCCGCUUGCGUUCACAGAUUCGGCAAAGGGAUUUUCUCAAGCUUGGUUUCUUUAAUGGGCCCUACACCACCCGCAUUUUUCUCGUUAUAAUUGCAAUUUGUUGGAGCUUAAGUGAAAUUGCUAGGCUAAGUUUUUUGAAAAGAAGUUUGGGCUUCAGUUUGACAUGGCAGAGGACUUUGUGCAAGCUUUACAUCCUCUUCAAUCUUGGCUUUUCAGAGCCUUCUGUCCUCCUUACAAUUUUGUUCCUUCUACGUGCCUCUUUGCAGAAGAGGGAAUCAGGCGCUUUGUCCUGGGGAUGGAACAAAAAAACCAUUGGGCUUUUUCGCAUCACAAAGGGUAGUGGAAAGAAGGACAAAUACUUCACAAAAGCUAGUGUCUUGGUCGGAGAGAAUUGCAUAUGUAUUUAUCCUCUGUUUAGCACUAUUCUUCUGGGGAUUUUUCAUGCAGUCCUCAUCAGUUAUAUCACGUGCAUUGGCAUGCGGGUGUACUCUUCAGUGAUCAACAAACAGCUUCUCCGACGGAUCUUUUGGCUGGUAUCCUCUGUUAUUUUUUCUCUUCCAGCGAGGGUACUUCUCCUAGGUUUCUCUGUCCUACCUCAAUCAGGCAACUUGACAUGCGAGCUGAUUGUAUUCUUGGCCUUUUUGAACAUGUUGUUUUGCACAGUGGUCGGCAUUAUUGUAUUGGUCUACUUGCCAGUGGCAGAUUCUAUGGCUCUGCGAAGAAAUCUAGAGGGUAGAGGGAUAAUAGACAUUCCAUAUGAUGAUUAUUACAACGACAGUGCAGCCCUUGUAGCCAACCAGAGCUGCAGUCGGGACACCAGGAGGAGCUCUGAUGUAUCUACAAAGCCUGGCUCGAUAUCUUUUAGGACGAUGAUCAUGGAUGACCUUCCUGGCUCAGAUGAGAUAAGCUUGUCGGUCCCUCUGCAUAUCGGUUCUCCUUCAGGUUCUUCAACACCGGUAAGGCACAUUCUUCCACUUAGAGAAAUCCCUAGAUACUAAGAAGAACUUCAAAUGUGCUGUCAUAUUAAUGACAUUUAUGUUUUUUUUUUGUCGCAUCUAAACGCAGUUGUACAAUAUUCAAAUUUUUGUAGGCAUGGUUGUUCCAUUCGUUAUCUUAUUUACUUGGUUGCAAUGAAGCUUACUCAAGGCUUACUUU